CCGUCCAAUGAAGAAUGCCGAAGUCACGCCACGCAUUUUUCGGUGUUUUCAGAGGUGAAGCCUCUCUAGGCAGCCGGCCGGUCACUCUAUAGUGAGGCGGGACUGAAGAGUGACGCGUUGACGCGAUUGCCAUCGGGCGGGUCCCGUGAUGGCUGGCGGUGGCGUCGCUGCCGCGGUUGCUCUAUCGCUCGCUGGGCUGCCGGCGACUGCUUCAGGAGCCGUUCUCGGUCGCUGCAGCAACGCUACCAUGGCUGACGACAAGUCCAUCGAGUCCGCCAACGAACGGUCAGGAUGGCUAUCUAGCUGGCUUCCUGCAUGGUGCCCUACAUCACUUGUACAUCUUAAAGAUGCUGAAGAGAAAAUUUUGAAAUGUAUUACAAGUACCUACAGUAAACAAUAUGUAUACCUAUCCAAUGGAAAUAAAAUAUGGACGCUUAUAUUCUCUCAGAACCUUUCCCAGAAAACUCCAAUUGUUCUUCUUCAUGGGUUUGGAGGUGGUGUUGGACUUUGGGCUCUCAACUUUGAAGAUCUUUGUGAAAAUAGGACUGUAUAUGCAUUUGAUUUCUUGGGAUUUGGUCGCAGUAGUAGACCCCAGUUUGACACUGAUGCAGAGGUGGCAGAAAAUCAAUUUGUAGAGUCUAUUGAAGAAUGGAGACGGAAAAUAGGAUUGGAUAGAAUGAUUUUACUUGGACACAACUUGGGUGGCUUCCUGGCAGCUGCUUACUCACUAAAAUACCCAUCAAGAGUAAAGCAUCUUCUGUUAGUGGAGCCAUGGGGUUUUCCAGAAAGGCCUUCCAAUGCUGAACAUGAGAGGACUAUUCCAAUAUGGAUCAAAGCACUUGGAGCUAUUUUGAGUCCAUUUAAUCCAUUGGCUGGUCUCAGAAUAGCUGGACCUUUUGGAUUGAGCCUGGUACAACGUAUAAGGCCAGACUUUAAGAGAAAGUAUUCAUCUAUGUUUGAUGAUGAUACAGUCACUGAAUAUAUCUAUCACUGUAACGUGCAAUCACCAAGCGGGGAAACUGCUUUCAAGAAUAUGACAGUUCCCUAUGGAUGGGCAAAAAGGCCAAUGCUGCAGAGAAUUGUUCAUAUGCAUCAAGACAUUCCUAUCACUGUGAUUUAUGGAGCAAGGUCCUGUAUAGAUGGCAAUUCUGGAGCCACCAUCCAGUCCCUGCGACCAAAUUCCUAUGUGAAAACAAUAGCUAUCCUUGGUGCAGGUCAUUAUGUAUAUGCAGAUCAACCUGAAGAUUUCAACCAGAAAAUAAAUGAGAUCUGCAAUUCCGUGGACUGAAAAGAUUCUGCUUUUUGAAAAAAGAGGCUAUAAAUAUAAUUCAAAGCAAUACUUUAUAAUGUAUUAUUUAAAAAGUUAAGAAAAAGCUGAAAAAAGAACCAAUUUUCUAUGCACUCUUUCAUUUAGGAUAUUUUCUCACUUAAAACUAUGCAGUGACUUUUAUUAUAAUAGGCAGAUUUAAAAAAUAGUUGUACAUUUUAGUUUGAUUCUGCCUCUAUAUGUUUAGGGGACAUAUUAUAUUUCAAUAUGUAUUAAAACAUUUUAAAACUGGAAUUUUAAAAGUGGUGUUUUGCAAAAUUACAACCUUUAAUAUGCAGGAAUUUCUAUAGCAAAAUUACUGUUUGGCUAUUUUUUGCAGUACCCAUAUACUACACUCUUCAUAUCUUAAACUUUUUAAAAAGAUGAAAAAUUUACUGAUUCAGAAGAUUGCACAUAGGAUGUCAUUUCAUUGUAUUUUAUGUGGAAUUUGCCAAAAUAAUAUUAACAAGCACUCAGGAAAAAGAGCACAAAUAAGAAGAAGAGUUGGGAGAAAUUCCGAUUAUUUUUUGCUCUUGUAAAUGUUGUUUACUAUGCUAAUGAUUGAAUGCUUAAUACCCUACAUUCUAAGGUACUAAUACCUUAGAACACCUAUUCUAAAGUACCAAUAUUGUUCCAUUUGUUUUUAAAGAGAAGUUGCAGAAUGGAUUUGAAAUUUUUAACACUGAAAAUUGUAAGAUAUAUUUAUGAACUGAUUCUCAAAUUUUACAUGCUACAGACCAUGGAUAAAGUACUGUAGUAAUUACCAGUUGGAUGAAUAUGUAUUUUGGAAUUGUGAGCCAGUCUAACUGUAAAACAAUAUAAUCUUGUCAAAACAAGGUUUCUUGGAAAAAGGUAUCUUUAAUUAAAUAAAAGAAAUGAAUCUGGAAAAGAUAUUUUACCUCAGAAUUUUUAAAAUAAAGUGUCUUAAUGCUGAAUUUUAAAGAGUUAUUUGGGCCCAGAAUUGUUUGGGUUUUUAAAAAAAAUCUAAGGUAAGCUGGUUAAAUAAAAUAAGCAGAAUUAUAAACUUAAAAGCAAAUUGAGUAGUUUAUAAACUAAAAGUCUACACAGUAACUUAUUGGUUAACUUUUUAAUGUUGAAUUAAGUACUGAAAUCAAUUUAGAAGUUCAUUUUGAACAUAUUGAUCUUUGUCCAAAUGCUUAGAAAUACUAGAUCUCUAAAUCAUUUCAUUUGUGAUAUAAGAUUUAACAAAUUGGAUUUUUUUCCCCUGGGAAAUAUUUGUAUCAAGAUAAUUGGCAGAAUACAAUGAUUAAAAACAAUUCUGAAAACUAUUUGUGUUACAUCUGAAUCUCUCUAAUUUAUCAGAUCAGAGAUGGUCCAGCAAUUUUCCAGCAUGGAAAACUGGAUCCAUAUUUCAGCUAGAUUUGAAGAAUAUGGAGGAAAAACAGAAUAGUAUUCUCCUGAAUGUUCUGUCCCUGGAAUUAUAUACUUUGUACGGUUUUCAGGUUUCAUUAUGUGUCAUUAAAUAAAUCAAUAGAUACGACAGCAUAGACUGCUCACUAACUUCCAGAUAUUCUAUUGUCAAUAACAUCUUAUUUGCUUUAAAUAUUUAUGUUAUGUAAAUAACAUAAAAAUGCCAGUAGUAUUUUUAUGUUAUUUAUAAACCCCAUAUUUAUAAGGAUAGACCUGAUGUCCCUUCUCAAUCCCUGGAUCUGUUGCUUUGUGAAAAAAAAAAUACAACAAUCUGUUUCGGACCCUAGUAAUAGCAGAAUAACAAAACCACAGGAUGUGUUGAACUGUGCCAUUUUGACUAGAACUGUAAAGCUUCUUUAUAAAUAUAUUGAUCACACUAAUCAAAAUAA